AUGCCCAGCGACGACCAACUGGGACCUCCGUCUUUUCAGGCGGUUAACAAAAUGAGUUCUAGAUCAAAAGGUUCUUUGGGCGUAAACGGUGUUUCUUCUUCGCGGCCACCGACAUCUAGUAUCGUGUUUCUCCCCAACAGCCCCGCGCCGGUGCAAAAUGUCCCCAACACCGGCUUUCAGUUGCCAUCGAAUACUAGUGCCGCCACCUCUUCCGAAAAUGCGCAAGCCGAGAGUGGCAGGUCAUCGCCUAGGUCCUCUGAAGGGCGGUCGGAUGGAGAAGCUCCCCGUUCCCCCACGAAGAAUAAGAAGAAAAAGGGUCAGAAGUUCUUUUGCAAAGGGUAUGGGACCUGCAAUCUAUCUUUCACCCGGAGCGAGCAUCUGGCACGACAUAUCAGAAAACAUACGGGAGAGAGGCCUUUCAAUUGCCACUGCGGUCGUGCCUUCUCCCGUCUCGACAAUCUCCGGCAGCACUCUUCGACGGUUCAUGCAGACGAACCGAUACCAGAUGAUUCGCUGGCAGCUGUAAGCAGCCGCUAUCAGCGGCACCAGAGGACCGAGCGUACCCGGCAAACCGCCCGCACAGCAAACCGCUCUAAGCCCCGCUCAAAUUCGGGCCCCAAACCUCCUACUUCAGGACCCGGAUUGUCAGGGCAUUCACAACCACAAACCCCACCGCAGCCUUCACAACCUUUGGGGGCCACGCAGGCUCCAGGGGCCUUUACAGAUACCCCGGCAAAAUAUCAAUCAGGUUUACAAGAUUCGUGGGGGGGAGUUACAGGGCCCAGAAACUAUGGCGGGGUCUCACAGGUUCCACAGACCCCACAUAACCCUUCACCACAUCCAGUGGAGAUGCACCAGAGGCACGAGGCACGUCAGAGGAAUCGACCCGAGCCAAUAAUGUUGCCAGAUCUCACAUCUCCAUUUGAAAAUUAUCGAAACAAUACGCCUCCUGAAUCGCCCGCUUCCGUACUCGGUUCGCGUGAGAAUUCGUUUUAUCAGGGCCGGCGAGCGUCGUUUACCCAACCACUUGCGUCAAACAUGACAACCCCUACAUCGGCGACGUUUACAGGUGCAAAUGAAAGCCCGAUUGGGAGCCCCAUCUUCCCGUCUCUGAACUCGGCAAGUUCUUCCGUAAUAAACUCCCCUGCAUCGGCUUUCCCUUCGACAUCUUCGUGGGGGUCAGGGACACGGCACCCUGGCCGGAGACUUUCUGUUCCUGGCUCUGGAUUACACAGCGAUAGGAUGCUCCCAAUGCCGGGCCCAGCUCUUAGGUAUCGUUCCACGGCUGCCCCUGCCCCUGCCCCUGGCACUGCCGCUUCCUUACGAGCUCGCAGCGGGAUGGCCAUGUCCCCCGAAGAGGAAGAAGAGAAGAUUAAACGUCGGAGGACGUGGCACGAGUCUGGCCCAGAGGCCUCAGCUGCUCGAGAAUUGUUCUCUCCGUCCAACACAUCACACGGUGAUCGUUCACUGCUAGGUAUCGGAGGGCAGAGUGCAUCUCAAUCUCAUACUCAACUUCCUGCGAUAUCAAGUCUUCUCAAUUUAAAUGAUACUUCUCCAUCACUACGACACACUCCGCCUCCAAGGAGGGCACCGGUGGAGCCAGAGCCAACCCACGAUCUUAGCAUAAGGAUGGCUUCAUUGGGUGGGGGUUUAAGAACGAUGUCGAGUAGGACGCUGAGAGGACAUUCUAGGUCUCAAAGUGACGACUUCAUGUCGGGCAACUCCCGGCACGAGCGGAGGUGGGGAAUGCAUUCUUCUACUGAUGCACCUAGUGUACGCUGGUCCGGUGACACGAGGGAUAACAUUAGCCAGUCAUGGAAUAGCCCCGGUAGCAGACGGGAGCCGAAUGGCCACCUGCCAGGAAUUUUAAGUUCACCACGGCACCCGGAGCCACUGAGGCAGGCAUUCGUUUAUCCAAGUAGUGGGAGCGGGGUGCAAAGUGGGUGGGGGCGUAAACGCUGCCAUAGGGAUUCAGUUGGGAGUGGAGAAGAUACGAGCGGAAGCGAAGGAGUUGUUACGCCAUCAACGAAUGAGGAAUUGCAUCCUGGGAUUGUCGGAGAAGGAACUGCGGAGGUUGACGAGCCACACAUUGUAAGUCCUUCUCUUUUUUUUUCUUUUCCCCCUACCCCUUUGGAUCUCUGUUCUGACGAAGGUUUAGAGCCACCACAAGCCGAUGCCUAUUGCUCUGGCUCCCGGUAAUCCAACGGGGAGCGCGCAUCCCGAUACCCCUGUCCGGGACUCUGGAUCCUUUAGGCUCGAUGUGCUAGUUUCUGCAGCGGCAACAAUGGUAGCCGCGGAUAUCGCCGGGGCAGAACGCCAACGGUCCCGGCCUUAGUGGGGGACAGUAAUUCCAUUGUAUCUCUUCUGGUCCUUUCGGGUCCCCAUACUCACUCGGGAAUUGGCUUUUCGAACUGUGAAUGUCACUAUCUUUCUCCCCCUCACCUCGAGCUAUGAAUGAGUCACGUUUUGAACUGGUCCCGGACAAGCGAUUGAUUUCUGUUCCUUGUAUUAUUUGUUUUCACGCCUUGGGUUUUUUUUACGCAGCCAUUUGAUUUGAUUCAUCCACCUUUUUUCCAUCCAUUAUUGGCGGCUCUGAUCUGAACGACUUUACGAAUCUGCAUGCAUCCAUCACGAUAUCGACAGCUAGUUUCUUUUCUUUCUUUCUCUUUUCUCUUUUCUCUUUUCUUUUGGUUAUUGCGGAAGCGAUUCGCUUCUUUUGACUUCUUCUCUUGUGUUUUAACAUAUUUCUUAUGACUAUAUGGUCAUUUGAAUGUCUCGGGGGAUUCGCAAUAUCUUAUCUUCUGGCAUCGGCUCUCUAGGGGUUCUUUUCUCCUUUUUCCUUUACUAGGGACGGUUUUUCCUUUUUUUGGGAGGGUCUGUUUUGAGUUAUCGGCUGGUUUGGUUUGGCACUUUGAAUUUGGUCUUUUUCGCACUCUUGUUUGCUUCCACAGUGGAUUCAUUCAUCUGCCCCUUUUUACCUUUUUCCCAUUUUCCCAUUUCGUUGUUUAUACUUUACCUCCUCCCCAUUCCCCUCUAUCAAAUCUGGGUGGCUUCCGCCCCCCCUCCCCCCAUAUCUUUCAUCGGGGGUUCCUCCAUGUUUCCUAUGGGCGGUAGGCUCCUUCUGCGCGAUCUCUUUCUUGUCUUUUUUCUCUCUUUUCCAAUAUUUCUUUGAGCUUUGUUCUGCGCGCACGCAUUGCUUUUACCCGGGUGGCUAACUGUCGUUCUGCGUUUAUUCUGUUUCGUGCUUUCAGAUUACUACCCUUCUACUUAUCUAGGGUUCUUUUCCUUUUCCUUUCUUUUUUCC